CACUGCGGUUUCAAAGUCCCGGAUCCAGUCUGUCUUCAGAGUCACACUGACAGGACACAAUGGAGUAUCCCUUGUAUUUCAUGGGUCUGUUCUUAAUGACUGUAGGAGCUGCUGACAUAGAACCUGCUGUUGGUUCUGUUAGUAUUCAGAACACUAUACUCCUUUCCAGAACAGCCACAACCCCUGUCAUUCACAAUUUCAGUAUAUCGGUGUUGUGUGGUAACAGCGUUUUGAAGACUUACAGAGAUGAUGGGAAAGUUGUUCGUCCUGAGUGGGCAAUAGGGAAUAAGUUUGACAGCUUUGUUGCAACAGCCGACAUGAUCUCAGAAAAUGAGAAAGGUGAACUUAGGACGAUACUGCAAGUCAUGGCACACAAUCAGUCCGAUUCAGGCAUUCAUGUCAUUCAGAAGAGACUGGACUGUGAGUUUCAGAAUGACUCCAUUAUCUCAGUCGUGAAAUAUAGCUACGACGGCAAGGACCUGCUCUACUUUGAUAUGUCUGAUGUGCAGUGGGUGGCUGAAAGGAAAGAGGUGACCGCCAUCGUAGAGGGAAGGAAUACUGAAAAAUUUACCAAUUUUUUCCAAUCCAUUUUCUUUAAACUCAUGUGUCUGGGUUUGAAGACACUGGAGGAAUGUACAGAUGAUAACAUUCAGAGCCCCGAUAUUAAUGCAUUUAUACAGAAUAGCUAUAAACCACACAGGCUGCUCCUGACCUGCAUGGCCACUGGUUUCUUUCCCAAAAACAUAACCAUGAACAUCAGAAAGAAUCAAACUCAACUGCCUUCUGAAGAACUGAGGUCUUUAGGAGUCAGACCAAACAAUGAUGGAACCUACCAGCUGAGGAAGAGUGUGGAGAUCCCUGACUCUGAUGGAAAAGAUUAUGCCUGUUAUGUGGAUCACAUGGCCCUGAAAGAACCAAUCACACUGGGAUUCAAAUAUUUGCGGGAUUCUGACCCACCAAGGCCUUAACAGUGAACAGUGUUGAUGUUCUGUGGAUUGGGUCUGUCACAGCAAGUCUCUCACAGCUGCACAUCCUCAGACACACUGAUGUUAAUGUAGUGUUGAUAUGUGUGUAUGUUGCUUUUAUGCCUUUAGGCCAUUAAUAAGGUGUGUUGUGUAGUUCUGACCUUAGACACUCUCAGCACAGACACUCAACACAUGUAAUCUCUCUUUACAGACCUACAUGAAUCCAUGUUGUUCUAAUAAAUGUGGAUUCUCUGGA